GAUGUGACUGACCCGACCGUCGCUGCCGAGCUCAAGAAGAGGAGGACGUUCCGCACGUUCUCAUACCGCGGUGUUGAGCUUGAUAAGCUGUUAGAUAUGAAGAAUGAAGACUUUGUGGAGCUCGUCCAUGCGCGUGCACGACGCCGGUUCCAGCGUGGGCUGAAGAAGCGGCCCAUGGGUCUUAUCAAAAAAUUGCGGAAAGCCAAGAAGGCCGCACCGCCGAACGAGAAGCCCGCUGUCGUGAAGACACACCUUCGUGACAUGAUUAUUGUGCCGGAAAUGAUUGGUUCGGUCGUUGGUAUUUACAACGGGAAGGUUUUCAACUCUGUUGAAAUCAAACCUGAAAUGACUGGGCACUAUCUUGCGGAGUUCUCAUGUUCGUAUAAGCCCGUAAAGCACGGUCGUCCGGGUGUACGUUUUCCCUUCAUUUUAUUGCAAUCGAACUGCUGCUCAUUUCUGAUGAAUAGAUUGGGGCCACUCACUGUAAGCUAA